AUCGAUUCAUUUUAGAGUCAAAAAUUGUAAACAUUUGUUUUCUAAUUUAAUUCUCACUUAAUUAAUCCCAUUAAUUAGUCAAAAUGUUGAUUGAUAAUAUUAUUUACAUAAUUGUAUUCCUAUGUUACUUUGUUAAUAGUGAAGGUGAAUAUUUUAAACGAGAACAUUCCUUAAUUAAACCAUAUCAAGGCUCCGGUAUGGUUAUACCUCAUUGGGAAUUUUUUGGAUCUACUAUGGUGACACAGUCAUACAUUAGAUUAACAGCGGAUCAGCAAAGUAGAAUCGGUGGACUUUACAAUAAGAAUCCAAUCAUUUUUAGAAAUUGGGCUAUCCAAUUACAUUUUAAAGUCACUGGAAAAGGGAAAGAAUUGUUUGGUGAUGGUUUCGCUUUUUGGUAUGUCAAGGAUCCUCUUGAAGCAGGACCCGUUUUUGGAUCGAAAGAUUAUUUUGUUGGCCUUGGUUUAUUUUUCGAUACUUAUGCUAACCAGAAUGGAGCUCACAGUCACGGACACCCUUAUAUUUCUGCCAUGAUUAACAAUGGAACCUUACACUAUGACCAUGAUCGUGAUGGUACACAUACCGAAUUAGCUGGAUGUGAAGGAAAAUUCCGUAAUGUUGAUCAUGAAACUCUUGUAGAGAUCAAAUAUGAGAAUGAUGUUCUCUCAGUAGGAACUGAUUUUGAAUCUCGAGGUGUUUUCAAAGAAUGUUUCAAUGUAAAAGGUGUUCUCCUACCUCCAGGAUAUUACAUUGGUGUUACCGCAGCUACCGGUGAAUUAACAGAUAAUCACGAUGUCAUCGGAAUCAAAACUUUCCAAUUAACCUCAUCAACACCCAUCGAUAACGAGGAUCGUAGUCACAUGCUCCCCUCCGCAAGCUCAUUUGCCGCACCCCGUCCACGAAUUGAUGAUAAACCCCAAAGCAUGUCUAAUCUUAAAUUUUUCCUUUUGCUAAUUUGUGCCAUAAUUGGUAUUAUUUUCCUAGUAGCUAUUUCAAUUUUAGUCUUCCAGAAACACCAAGAAACCUCAAGAAAAAGGUUCUAUUAAUUGUAAGGCUAAUUAAUUCAAGUUCAAUUUAGAUUAAUUAUAAAAAUUUCUCUUCCUUCUUAUCCCUCUUCUCUCUCUCUCUAUCAUCUUAUUACCUCAUUCCUUUAUUAUUAUUUUCAUCAAUAAUGUAAUUUCCUUUUAUUUACCAAAAGAAAAUAAUUUUAUAUCUCAUC